AUGGAGCAAAGGAUUGCGCCCAUUGUUGGAGGCAACACUCAAAAGACAGGAGGGGUAGGAGAGAGCCUGGUGGUGAUUGAGGUUAGGAAGCAGCUGUACCUUGCUGGGCCCCUCAUUGCUGGAUGCCUCCUGCAGAAUGUUAUCCAGAUGAUAUCUGUCAUGUUUGUUGGCCACCUCGGUGAGCUCGCCCUCUCCAGUGCCUCCAUCGCCACCUCCUUUGCCGGUGUUACUGGUUUCAGCCUGUUGUCUGGCAUGGCGAGCAGCUUGGACACACUGUGCGGUCAAUCCUUCGGAGCAAAGCAGUACAAUCUUCUUGGCAUAUACAAGCAGAGGGCAAUUGUUGUGCUUACUCUAGUGAGCUCUGUCGUCGCUGUCAUCUGGAUGUACACCGGCCAGAUUCUUUUGCUGUUUGGCCAGGAUCCGGAAAUUGCCAUGGGGGCAGCGAGCUACAUCCGGUGGAUGAUCCCAGCAUUGUUUAUGUACGGACUGCUGCAGUGCCAUGUUCGGUUCCUGCAGACGCAGAACAUCGUCCUCCCGGUGAUGUUGAGCGCAGGCGUCUCGGCACUGAACCACGUCAUGGUGUGCUGGUUGUUGGUGUAUAAACUUGGCCUGGGCAACAAGGGUGCGGCGUUGGCCAAUGCCAUCUCGUACCUCACCAAUGUUUCUAUCUUGGCUCUCUACAUCAGGCUCUCCCCGUCCUGUACGAGCACGUGGACAGGGUUGUCAAUGGAGGCUUUCCGUGACAUUCCAAGCUUCUUGAGGCUUGCGGUUCCAUCUGCUCUUAUGGUUUGCUUGGAGUGGUGGUCAUUUGAGCUCCUGGUACUUCUUUCUGGACUUCUUCCAAAUCCUAAGCUCGAGGCUUCGGUACUGUCCAUCUGCCUAAACACAAGUUCGUUAGUAUUCAUGAUCCCAUUCGGUCUUGGUGCAGCCAUAAGCACCCGUGUUUCAAACGAGCUUGGGGCUGGUCGACCGGAUGCUGCCCGUUUGGCUACUCGUGUGACCAUGGUUCUAGGCGUAGUGUCAGGUACAUCAGUCGGGCUUCUUAUGGUUUUGUUGCGCAAAUUAUGGGGGCAUGCCUACAGCAACGAGGAGGAAGUGGUGGGAUACAUUGCUAGGAUGAUGCCAGUUCUUGCGGUGUCAUUUUUGUUCGAUGACCUGCAAUGUGUCCUUUCAGGUAUUGUUAGAGGCUGUGGCCGGCAAAAGGUAGGGGCUUAUGUUAAUCUCAGCGCAUACUACAUUGUGGGCAUUCCAGCAGCCUUAUGUUUCGCCUUUGUCUACAAUCUUGGUGGAACGGGAUUGUGGUUUGGAAUAAUGUGUGGAGUCGUAGUGCAGAUGCUAUUGCUCCUGUCCAUCACCCUCUGCACCAGCUGGGAGAAAGAAGCCUUGAAGGCAAAAGGCAGAGUUUUCGCUUCGUCUGAACUGACGACACGAAAAUAUCCUAGAUACACAACUUCCAUGGGCAGAAUGACGCUGGAGGAGGAAGAGCCGCUUGGCAUUUAAAGCACAAGCAUGCUCUUCCUUGGGCCAUGGUGCAUCGCAAUGAGAUAAGGAACCCAUGAAGAACUUGUUUCUCCGGUGCAGAGAAUGAGUGAACUGCGGAGAAUAAUCUCCAAUGUAUCCGGGCCAUGAUUGGUCAUUAGCAUGUCCAUUAUAAGGGAUGCUUCAAGCUUGUCUGCAUUUUGUUGCCUUUUCAGUUCUGUCUGGACGACUUCAAGCAGUUUAGCUUUAACCGUGUUUGAAGUGCGAUUACAGGUACCUGUUGUUCCAGGCACAUUCUUUCUGAUGUGCCAUCCUUUUGAUCAUUGGCUACAAAUAAUUUUGUUUGUAUUAGGGUUAUUGCCACUGUUUAGUCAACCUAUAAAAUCCGCACUGAAAAAGUAAUUGGUACUUCACAAAUAAAUUGGGGCCCAUCUUCCUGUAUGUGCGCGAACUUGCAGAAAAGAGAGGAAAACAUGGAAGCUACGAAAUGAGGGGAAAGCAUUUGAAGCAGGUGUUUCGUGUUUUUAUUUUUCAUUUGGGGAUCCUUUACGGUUCUUCAAUUGUGGCAAUAUCCACCUGGUGACACGGUACAUCCUGAACCACGUACAAUUGCUUGGAAAUUAAAGCCGCUGUUUGAAUCAUCUUCUCGAUGAUUACUAUACCAAUCUGCAUGAGAAGCCAUAAUUCGUUUGUUGGAAGGUACCGAGUGCAGUUAGAGCCUUAGAGGGGGUACCGAAU